AUGCGCACCCUCCGCGCAGCCGAGGAGUCUAGGACCCACGGAGAGAAAGUGGCUGCCUCCGGCACGGACGGGCGGCGCAGCCCCAACAGACGGGGCGGGAAACCCAGAGCAGCUGCAGGCGCCUCGGCUCCAGGACCACUUCCAGACCCCUUGCCCGCCUGGCACCAGCGCCCAAAGGACCAUUCGGCCCGCGACGGGGGCCUCGUCCCGGUCGCCUCGCCGCUGCCGGCGCCUGGCCUCGAGCUCCAGAACACGAGCAGUGCCGUCGCGCGCGGGAAGCCGCCCUACUCGUACAUCGCGCUCAUCGCCAUGGCGCUGGCUCACGCGCCCGGCCGCCGCCUCACGCUGGCCGCCAUCUACCGCUUCAUCACCGAGCGCUUCGCCUUCUACCGCGACAGCCCGCGCAAGUGGCAGAACAGCAUCCGCCACAACCUCACGCUCAACGACUGCUUCCUCAAGAUCCCGCGCGAGGCCGGCCGCCCGGGCAAGGGCAACUACUGGGCGCUCGACCCCAACGCCGAGGACAUGUUCGAGAGCGGCAGCUUCCUGCGCCGCCGCAAGCGCUUCAGGGGCGGCAGUGGCGGCGUCGAGCCCGCCGUGGACUUCUACGGGCGCACCUCGCCUGGCCAGUUCGGAGCGCUGGCGCCCUGCUACAACCCCGGUGGGCAGCUCGGAGGGGGCAGUGCAGGUGCCUACCAUGCGCGCCACGUGGCCGCCUAUCCGGGCGGGGUGGAUCGUUUCGUGUCCGCCAUGUGA